GGAAGGCACCUUUCGCGGAAAAUUUGACACGUAUGAUUUUUCAAAAAUGCGGAAGAAUCAGCUGCUGACAGCUUUCAUUGUAGCAUGCAGUCAUUUAAUUCUUAUUGAAAUGAAAACUUCUGACAUAGAUAUAAACUUUUUAGAAAAACAAAGGAAGACCUUACAAGAUAAAGGUGCACAAUGUACAAUGAAGAAAAUCACUCAGAGAAAUCUUGAUCAUCUAAGGCUUACAGCAAAGAGUCCAACAAACACCUUGAUAUGUGUAUUAGAAGGCAUGAAAGAAAAGGAACUUCAGAGCUCGGGAAUAUUGUGGAACAUACUUGGAACAUUGUUCCAGGAUCUUGGUCAGAAGUCAAAGGCUACAGUCUGUUUCAAACAAGCAGCCAAACUCUCUGGAAAGAUUACUCCCUUUGUAAAGGAAUGGUCUUUUAUAGGACCAUUUGUCAUUGGGAAAACAGAAGUUGAUGGGGACCCUACUGAAGCAUUUGGAGGCAUUAGAAAUGUCUCUAAAACCCGAUUCAAGAAAAAUGUAAAACUAUAUUCUGAACUGCUGCCUGAAGGUGAAAUUCAGUGGUCACAUGUGAAACAGGCAUCUCCUGACAAAGUGGUUCAGAUACGUCCUGGUGUUAAUUGGAAUGAUUUAGUUAAUUCGCUAGGGUCUAUGGGGAUUACAGAAUGGCAGGGAUGGGUGGUCGGUGAGUUUGCUGUGAAUGACAAUGAUCUUAACAUUCUCGUACAAUGUGCCGGAGUUCAUACUGUAUAUAUUGAUAAUAUUCCGGUCACUGGCGAUGUGUACCAUAGAGAAAAGUACUGGUAUGGAGUCAGACUUGGCCAAGGACUCCAUACAAUUUAUAUCAGACUUCGAACUAAAGUAAAUGCCCAGUUUUUGUGUAAACUGAAAGUCCCCAAAAACAGUUUUGAAGUGUUAGCACCAAAUUUUCUUCCAGAUUUACAUGAAGGAAAACUGUUUAGUUCCUAUAUUACAUUCCCUGUUGUAAAUUACCAUAGUUCUAAAUUUCUUAAGAUCUCCAAGGUUACCCUCACUGAUUUGAAUUCCAAACAAGAAGCAGUCCAAAAUAAGCUGGAAAUCCGACUGAAAGAUUCUAGUGUAACCAUAGCACCAGGUCAGAUUUAUCCAAUCAUUUUAAAGUUAAAUAUCAAGGACAGUAGCUCCAAGGUCAUUUCCAAGUGCUCUUCACCUGAAUUGCCCUGGGACAUAGAAUUCAACUUAAAGUUUACAACAGGCGCUGGCACUGUUGGAUUGCCAGUACAGCUGAGAUGUCGAACAGGGAGGCAGUCAUUUUUGUUUACUUUUAUCGAUCAUGAUGGAUCUGUCCAACAUGCGGCGGCCAUUCAACCUAUACAGGACUGUACUGGAGGUGUUUGUCCCACAAUGUUAUCACUGCAUGGAACAACAAUACCACCCCAGAACCAGGCAGACAGCUAUAAACAUAUGGUAGAUGGAGAAUUCUUGUUUGGCUUUCCACAUGCUUGGACACUGGCUCCUACCAGGCAUGGUGCUCACAACUGGGAAGGUCCAGGAUUGCUGACGGCUAUUACAGCUUUGGAAAGGCUAGAAGAGAUGACAGCAGCCUACAGUUGGAUUGUCAAUAAAGCAGACAGCAAACAUGUUGUAUUUGCAGGUCACUCUAUGGGAGGUCAUGGAGCAUGGCACAUAGCAACACAUUAUCCCGACAGAGCCCUAGCACUGGUUUCUCUAGCUGGAUGGAUCAAAAAGGAAGAAUAUGGAGACAGUAAUCUCUUCUUUAGACAUGAUAUAGCUACCAGUCAUGUAGAGCCAGUAGUGAAGUCAGUACUGGAGUCAUGUAUAGUUGAAAACGAUGCCGAUCAGCACAGUACAAACCUACAUGGAGUCCCCGUUGUUCUCCGCAUUGGGGCAGCUGAUCGCACAGUCCAUCCCUGGUUUAUUCGGAGGAUGUACCGGCUACUGAGCGAGGAGGGGAUGAUGGUGAACUACACAGAGGUGAAAGACAAAGAACACUGGUGGUGGGACACUGUAGAUACCAAUGAUGGGGGUGCUGUAAAUGACAAAUACCUGAGAGAUUUCACCAACACUCACAUAGACCAGUACUUACGCCACAUUGAGGAGUCUGGGUCAUGUACAUCAGAGACAUGCAGUGGUACGUCAUCACCAAGUGACAGAUACAGUGACAAAUCUCUGUCAUUCAAACUGGUCUGUUAUAAUCCAGCCCUGGGAGAGGGCAUGUAUGGACUGAGGGUCAUUCAGCAGAUAACUCCAUACAGAAGGUCAGAAAUACAGGUGACAGUCUCGGACAUUGAAGUACUUAUGGUCACAAGGAAUGUUUUAAAGCUGAGUGUCUCCCUGUCUCCUAACAGAAACGUUCCAUGGUUUGAGUCCGAUGUUAGGGUUGAUGGGACACAGAUUUCUUCAAAAGAUAUGUUACCAGUUAAAGAUGGUGAACGUGUAGACCUUUGCUCUAAGUCAGGAAUUUGGAGUGUUUGUGAAAACAAAGAAGUACACAGCACAACAAAUAGAGGACCUCUUACGCAAGGACCAGCUAGGAGAAUCGCUGAGAAUCACUUCAAAAUCGUCAUAGGUACACAAGGCUCUGAAGACUCCCAGUUGUACUUACUACAGGCAGCUGUAUAUAUCAGUAACCUUUUCUUUCUUACCUCUGAUACAAGGACUGACAUAGUGAAAGAUGUAGAUAUUCAACCAGCUGAACUAGGGUUAUCUAACUUGAUUAUCCUUGGGAGUGUGGCUGAAAAUCUUCACACUGGUACUCUGCUGGAGCAUACUCCAUUACAUGUGAAUGAAGGUGAAGUUUCACUUGCUGGAUGUAAAUAUUCUUACUCUCGUACGGGUGUUCUUACUUUGACCCCAAAUGGAGCUACUCACUUAGCACUUGUGAUAUUUGGCUUGGACAGGGCCGGGUUGGAAGAUGUUAUUUCCCUUGCAGCCCCAACUAUGCCUCCAAUGACAAGAUCUCCAUUUUCAAAUUUAGUUCCAGACUAUGUGAUCACGGGUCCAGAUUUUGGUAGAAAGGGUCCAGGAGGAUAUCUUUGUGCCGGUUUCUAUGGCAACAAUUGGGAAUAUAGAACUGAUAUAUCAUCUUGUGUAACAUGUGUUUGUUGA